UUGGACACUGGAAUCAUCAAUUUAUUUAAUGGAAAAUUCUUCACUGAAUCAAAGUCAAUAAAAUUUCAGGCUUUAUACAUAUCAAUCUCUCAACCUCCACUCGAUUGCUCGUUCAUCGACAGUCUCAAGUCGAAUGGAUGGCAGGUGGCCACAGCAACGCCAAUUUUAGCUGCCUCAGCAUUUGAGCAGCACAGGCCACUUCUGGUGCUAAUUGAUAAUCGCCUUCCUGAUCUACUCGCUCUUUCCAAAACUUUGCACUGCCUUCCGGGCGCCGACGAUGUGCUUUUUGCAGCCAUAUCCGAUCGGAUCGUAUCGGAUAAACGUCGACGUUCGCUCUCUCAAGCUGAUCUCUAUCAUGCGGAGCAGCCAAUAGAAAUCUGUGAUGAAACAAGAAGCAUCCAGUAUGUUAAUCGAGCAUAUGAAUCUCUUACAGGCUGCAUACGAAAUGAGGUGCUUGGGACAAAAUCUUCGGAUGCAAGACGUAAGUCGUUACAUUCUUGUGUGCCACGUCCGAAAGAACUCGAUCCUGAUGCAGUGAUCCGAAGGGCGAGUACGGAAUGGCAUUGCAUUCAAGUUCCAGGUAGUACAUUCGGUACGCAGUACGUAUACGUGAAGCGUGGUAGUGCUGAUGCGGUCAUGUGUCGUGACAUUUCACUGAAAAGUGUUCGUUCGCAAAGCGCACUCGUUGAUGCUCCUAUCACUGAGGUUCUUUUCAUCAUCAUUCUAAAUCAUUACUCAAUAACUAUUACCUAUCAGUAUCAAUAUUAUUCGUAUCAAUCAUUAGUAUUAUUCAAUAACAUGAUUCUCAUUAUGAUCGUUAUCAACAUUAUCAUUAUUCAUUUGCUAUUGAUCAAAUGCUUCAUUUUUUACACACUAUACGGGAAUUGA